UAUAGCUUGACACCACUCAUUUGGCCUAGGGGCAGAGUUACUUUUUCAUUUCCCAAAGUAAAAAAAUGGCCGAGACCGCUGCCGAAGUCAAGCUCUUUAACAAGUGGACCUACGAUGACAUCAAGGUCAACGACGUCGCUCUGAUCGACUACGUUGCCGUGUCGGGCAAGGCCGCCACGUUCCUGCCGCACACUGCGCAGCGCUACCAGAAGAAGCGCUUCCGCAAGGCCCAGUGCCCGAUCGUCGAGCGCUUGGCCAACUCGCUCAUGCGCCACGGUCGCAACAGCGGCAAGAAGCUCAUGGCGAACCGCAUCAUCCGCCACACUCUGGAGAUCAUCCACCUCCUCACGGACCAGAACCCGUUGCAGGUCGUCGUCGACGCUGUCAUCAACGCCGGUCCCCGUGAAGACUCGACGCGCGUCGGUUCGGCCGGUGUCGUCCGUCGCCAGGGUGUCGAUGUUUCGCCCUUCCGCCGCGUCAACCAGGCCCUCUACUUGUUGACCACGGGCGCCCGCGAAGCCUCGUUCCGCAACGUCAAGACCAUCGCCGAAUGCUUGGCCGAUGAGUUGAUCAACGCCGCCAAGGGCUCGUCCAACUCGUACGCGAUCAAGAAGAAGGACGAAGUCGAGCGCGUCGCCAAGGCCAACCGGUAAAUGGACUCAAUACGCUCUUGGGCGUGGCUGUGGCGUGGCCGCUUUGGCCUCUGGUAACAGAAGCCGUCGCGAGCUACUACUAGGAAAUGAAAGCUCAUGCAACGAAUGCCAUCGUGUGUGUGUGUUCCACUUGUCGUCGUCA